CAAAUGAUACCAAAACAACCCUGCCCUGUUCAAUGACGACGCCCUCAAUCAUUUACUUAUCCUCACAAUUAUUUAUUGUUCUACAUACUUGGAUAUAUCACUUCCUCCAUCCCAAUUCACGAAUUUUUUAUUACAAAAAUUUCAUAUACAGACAAAUAUUUUCACAUAAAUGAGACGAAAAAAAACCUAUCAUUAUAAACAAAGAUCAAGAAAAUUGGAAAUGGACAAUCAAAGCAGCAGCAGAUGGAGAAAAUUUAUACUUGUACUCAACUGUAUCACUCUGGGCAUAGGCUACUGUGGUGGCCCUUUAAUCUCACGCCUCUAUUUCCUCCACGGUGGCCAAAGAAUUUGGCUUUCUAGUUGGCUAGCAUGCAUUGGAUGGCCAAUUAUUCUCAUUGUUCUAAUCAUUGCUUAUUUUUUCCGUCUAAAAAUUCAGGGACCUGAUACCAACUUUAUUUUCAUAACUCGUCAGGAGUUCACAUCAUCAGCGGCAUUAGGCAUUCUUGUUGGCUUAGCCGGUUAUCUUUACGCAUGGGGACCCGCGAAACUCCCCGUUUCGACUUCAACCGUUAUUUAUGCAGCACAGCUCGGAUUCACCGUGGUAUUUGCUUUUCUUAUAGUGAAGCAGAAAUUGACGGUGUAUUCGGUGAAUGCUGUUGUUUUACUGAUCGUUGGAGCGGGAACUUUAGCGCUUCGGGCAGAUAGUGAUCGACCAAAAGGAGAGUCAACUAAACAAUAUGUUUUGGGGUUUGUAAUGACUCUUUUGGCUGCUGCGUCAACAGGGCUUGCUCUGCCUCUACUUGAGUUGAUUUACAUGAAGGCUCAAAAAAAUAUAACUUACAUUAUGAUUUUGGAGAUUCAGAUGAUACUUAACAUUUUUGGUUCUGCUUUUUGCACUGUUGGAAUGAUUGUUAACAAGGAUUUUCAGGCAAUUUCAAGGGAAGCAAGCCGGUUUGAGGUAGGAAAAGCUAAAUAUUAUUUGGUGCUAGUAUGGAGUGCUAUUAUUUGGCAGUUUUCGACACUAGGAAUUGUUGGAGUAGUCCAAUAUGGUUCAUCAUUGCUGUGUGGAAUUUUAAUUGCCUUUUUACUUCCACUCACAGAAUUAUUAGGUGUACUUUUAUUUCAUGAAACAUUUCAAGUUACAAAGGGGCUUGCUAUAUUCCUCUCUCUUUGGGGAUUUGUUUCAUACUUAUAUGGUGAAAUGAAACAAAGCCACCAGAAGAAGAAGAAGAGAGAGGAGAAUCCAAUUUCCCAAACAGAAGUGGUUCAAACCUCACCUGUCUGAUGUCUUUGUAAUUAAAGCAUGUAUUUUUCUUUUGUAUAAUAUCAUGAAUAAUUUCUACUUUGA